AUCUUCACACUAACCCCGCCCACUGGCACAGACGGGUGUUGUGUAAUAUUCCGUGAAAACUUUUCCAUGCAGGAUUAGCUUCAAAGUUGUUCCUCACGAGAGAUCGAGACCAACUGAACGAGACAAAGCUGCCGCUUCCUAAGGCGUGUCUGGGCUGCUGGAGAGUGGGUGAAGAGGUCAGAGUCCACACUGGUUAAUGUGUAAAAGCAGGUGUUCCAGCACAUACUUCACCUCUGUCCCAUUUACGCCGGAACCACCCCCUUCCGCCCUCGCUACAAAUAACAACAAUCAAGGCAACGCGCAGCAGAGCGUUCCCAAGCUAGCGCUGCAACUGACUUUCUGAGAGAUGGAAGUCUCAAGCUCAUUGGUGUUGCUCUUAAUACUGGCCGUGUUGGUGUUGGUCAUGUGGCGGAGGAGGACGAGUGGACGUUCUUUACCUCCAGGCCCGCUGGCACUGCCACUGAUUGGCAACUUACAUGUGAUGGACAAACGUGCACCCUUUAAAAGCUUCACAAAGUGGAGCAAAACCUACGGGCCUGUGAUGACAGUGUACCUCGGGCCUCAGAGAACAGUAGUUCUGGUGGGUUAUGAGACCGUGAAGGAGGCCCUCGUGGAUCACGCAGAAGACUUUGCGUCCAGAGCUCCUAUUCCUUUCCUAUGCAGGGUUUUGAAAGGCUACGGUCUGAUCAUUAGUAACGGCGAGCGCUGGCAACAUCUCAGGCGUUUCACUCUCACCACACUGAGGGACUUUGGGAUGGGCCGCAAAAGAAUGGAAGAGUGGACUCAAGAAGAGAGCAGAUACUUCGUGCAGAGUUUUGAGGAAACCAAAUCCGAACCAGUAGAUAUAGCCUUCUUCGUGAGCAGGGCCGUGUCCAACGUGAUCUGUUCUCUGGUGUUUGGGCAGCGCUUUAGUUACAAAGACGAAAACUUUCUUCACUUGCUCCAUAUCAUCUCCAAAAUUGUACGCUUCAUCAGCAGCCCUUGGGGUCAGAUGUACAAUGUCUUUCCUGGACUAAUGGAACUCCUGCCAGGUAAACAUCAUGCCAUGUUUAGAGAGACAGAGGACUUAAAAAACUUUAUCAUGGGUAAGAUCAAGGAGCACGAGCAGGAUUUAGACUUCCAAGACCCACGAGACUUUAUCGACUGCUUUCUUAUCAGACUCAAACAGGAGAAGGACAAUCCUGACACAGAAUUCCACGCAAACAACUUGUGGGCGACUGUUUUGAAUUUGUUUCUGGCUGGUACAGAGACCACCAGCAGUACUAUCAGAUACGCCCUAAUGCUGCUGAUCAAGCACCCGCACAUACAGGAGGAAAUGCAGAGGGAGAUUGAUCGAGUUAUCGGACCGGACAGAAUCCCAACAAUGGAAGACAGGAAGUCCCUCCCCUUCACGGAUGCUGUGAUUCAUGAAGUUCAGCGAUAUCUGGACAUCAUACCAUUCAGUAUUCCUCACUACGCCACACAUGACAUCUCAUUCCGAGGUUACGCAAUUCCAAAGGACACAGUGAUCAUUCCCCUGUUGCAUUCUGUCCUGAGGGAUGAGGGACACUGGGAGAGCCCUUGGACAUUUAACCCCGACCACUUCCUGGAUGCCAAUGGCAACUUUAAAAAGAGUCCAGCCUUUAUGCCCUUUUCUGCAGGUAAACGCUCUUGUGUGGGAGAAUCUCUGGCUCGUAUGGAGCUGUUCCUGUUCAUCGUGUCUCUACUUCAGAAGUUUAGCUUCACUAGUCCACAGGGUCCAGAUGGCUUAGAUCUCAGUCCUGAACUCAGCGGUUUCGCCAACACGCCACGAUACUUUAAGCUCAUUGCCUCCCCCCGCUGAUUGACGUGGACAUGGCAACCUCUCUUAAAAUAAACAAACUUGUCAGAGAAACUGAAAUCGACACGAAAUACACUUUGUUCACUCUUAAAGAGUACGUAACAUGAGAUCAUGAAAAUGACGUUUCAUGCAGUCUGUUAUAUUGCCGUGUUUGAAAGUAAGCUGUCUGCCAAGUUGUAAGUUCGAAGGUGAAUAAAUAACGAAGUUAUUUGCUUAUAAAAAUGA